GUUAAGACUAAAAUCGAGUAUUGGAAAUCAAAUUAGAUUGAUGCCUGUUUGAUUUAAAAGAAAUUCUGCGCCUAAAAAUAAUAAUUAAAAAUAUAAAUACUAAUAUAAAAAUGUCUACUACAUUGGAAGUCAAUGAUCCAUCUGAAGAUAAAGAAAUAGUAAACAAUUCUCAGCAUUUUAAGGAACGUGCAGAACGAAAUCGUCAAAAAGCAUUACUUUUAAAAAAAUCUAAAAUAGUUUCUCAUCCAUAUAUAAGGAGUGAAAAUGGAGAUUCAAUAAAAGGAUCAUUUUCAAAAACUCAAGGGCAACGAGUCAUAGAUAGUGGAGGUGGUUUUCUUAUAGAAGAAAAUGAUGAUAUAGAAGAACAAAUGUUACAAAUAACAUCAGAACCUGCUCCAAUUAUUAUUAAUUUACCUCACUGUGAUGAAUGUAAAGAGGAAUUUAAAGAUUCAUAUCUUUUACAGACAUUUGAUGUUCUUGUAUGUGAUAAAUGCAGAGAUCCGAAGGACAAACACUCUUUAAUUACAAAAACAGAAGCAAAGCAAGAAUAUUUAUUAAAAGACUGUGAUUUUGAUAAAAGAGAACCUCCAUUAAAAUGUAUUACUAAAAAAAAUCCUCACAAUGUAAAUUGGGGUGAAAUGAAACUAUAUUUGCAUUUACAAAUAGAACAAAGAGCUUUGGAGGUAUGGGGUUCAGAAGAAAAUCUAUUAAAGGAAAAAGAGUUACGUGAUGUUAGAAGGGAAGGAACUAAAAUUAAAAAAUUUAAUAAGAAGAUUAAGCAAUUAAGAAUGCAAGUUAGAAGUUCAUUGUAUGAUAAAACAUCAAAGGCAUCUCAUACACACGAGUUUGGAGAAGAUACAUAUAGUAAACAUGAUGAUACAUAUACACACACCUGUAUUACUUGUGGGUAUGAAGAAACAUAUGAAAAAAUGUAAAUUUUUA